AUGGUUAAUCUGCUUGCUCUGGUCAUCUGUUGUCUCGUACUCUCAUGGGUUUCGGUUCUUGUGCGGUAUGGCGUCAAGAUAUUCAUGAUCGGUCGUGUGCGUUGGGAUGAUUGGAUCUUGAUGUUGGGAGUGAUUUUGUUCAGCGGCCAGUGUAGUUGCGUGCUGGUCAUGAUCAACGCCACUUCGGAUGUGGUAACCUACAUGUUCAUCACCUCAUACCAACUCUCGUUGUUGACGUCGGUCUGCGUCAAGACGUCCUUCGCGCUUUCUUUGAACAGAUGCUUUGCAGAGAGAUGGCAGCGUCUGCUCAUCACCAACAUGACGCUUUCCUUCUACGUAUACGCGGUCAUCAGGAUAUUCCUCGAUCUCUUCUUCUUCUGUGGGGCGCCCGGUGACAUAGCCCGCAAGACGAGUCUCCGACAAUGCAAGCACUACUCAAACAUGUUGAGAUGGUGGUUGGCUGGAUCGAUAUUCAAUGCGUUGGUGACCUGGGUCUACGUUCUGCUUCCUGCUGUCGUCAUCUGGACAUCUCGGCUUAGCCUCAAAGUCAAGGCUUCCGUCUCAAUCAUCACCCUUGUGGGAAUAUUGGGUGGUCUGGCUGCUACUUUCCGCAUAGUGGGGUCUGGUACCUUUAAAACCCUCAAGGAUUUCGAUCCGACCAAUUACGAUAUCAUCGCGUGCAUUGUGGCCGAGAUGGCUUUCGGCAUCAUCGCGACGUCGAUGACAAACUCCACCAAAUUACCAAGCAUGUUGGCUCGAAUAAACAGCAACAAUGUCAGAUCAAAUGCUGUCGUUGUCGAUUCGUACCUUGAGGAAGGUAUUAACGACUUCAUCAAACUCUCACCUGUUAUCGGUCCGCAAAAGCUUGCUGUAAAUCCUCGAAGCUCAUUACAGACUAUCAAAGAUCCUCGAAGCUCAUUACAGACUGUGAAAGAACAUCCUGAUCUUGAAGAAGAACCAUUCGCGCUGCCGACACCCAAGCCCAAAACUGAACGCGAUUCUUGGGAUCGCACAUUUGGGUCGCCAACACCCGCAUAUAAGACUGAUCGCGACUCUUGGGAUCGUGCAUUUGGGUCACCUGCGUCGUCGGCUGCACCAGCUAGGCUGACGCUGAUCAUCGAUGAUAUUAGUGAUGAUGAGGAAGACGGUAUCAAGGGGUCAUCAGAGAUUACGAAGACUUUUACGAAUGUAUAG